AUGGCUGCAUCAGGGCCGAUCAUCGUGCCCGCCCUGACAAGGCACACUGCCACAGUUAUAAUGGCACAUGGAUUGGGUGAUAGCGGUGCUGGCUGGCUCAUGCUUGCACAAAAUUGGCGCCGGCGGGGCUUGUUCGAUGAAGUCUCGUUUAUCUUCCCAAAUGCGCCAGCGAUUCCGAUCACGAUUGUAAGGAAUUCCAUGGGGAUCCGUGAUAAUACGGGGAGAGCGGCAGUUGGUCAGAAUUUUGGCAUGUCGAUGCCAGGCUGGUACGAUAUCCAGAAACUUGGCCGAGAUGUUUCCGUGGAAGAUUUUGGCAAUAACCAAGACGAGCCGGGAAUCCUCAGAUCACGCGAUUAUUUCAAUACGCUUAUCAAGCAAGAAAUCGACAAGGGCAUCAAGCCGUCACGCAUCGUGAUGGGCGGCUUCUCUCAGGGCGGUGCGAUGUCACUUUUCACCGGGCUCACGCAGAAGGAGAAGCUGGGCGGCAUCUUUGGCCUCUCCUGCUAUCUGCCGUUGAGAGAUAAGGUCCCUUCGUACAUCCCAGAGGGCUUCCCGAACAAAAAGACUCCGGUUUUUAUGGCACAUGGCGAUGAAGACCCUACGGUGCUUCUUGACUGGGCUGAAGGGUCUGCGGAGGAGCUGAGGAAGUUAGGGAUGACGGUGGAUUUUUAUAAGUACCCAGGCAUGACCCACUCAGCAGAUCCCCUCGAGAUUCAGGAUUUGCAGAGAUACCUGGAGAAGGUAAUUCCAGCUGAGGGUGACAAUCAAGGUGCGCCUAAAUCGUCGUGA